AUGUCCUUCUUUGGUCAAACUUCCGCAGCACCAACAGCGACAGGAUUUGGAUCUACCCCUUCCACUGGCUUCAAUACAGCACCCAAACCAGGAGGAUUCACUUUUGGUGGAGGAGGAACAACAAGUAGUGCAACAACCACACCAUCUCUUUUCGGAUCAACUAGUACUACUACACCUUCCUUUGGAUUAUCUACUGCUACUUCACAACCCCAACAACAAGCAACAACAGGAUUCGGUUCAACUAACACUUUUGGUGGAUUAUCGACACAAACAUCAACAGCGCCUACAAGUAGUACGAAUAAUAUGACACCACAACAACGUGAUAAGAUGAUCUACGAAUUAUUGGUUCAAAAGGAAAGAGAAGACUGGCAACAACGAGGACAACGAGGAUUAAGUGAUGUGACACCAGAAAACAUAUGGCAAUCUAUGGCAUUGAUGAAAUCAUGGUGGGAUCCUGAUUCACCUAACUGUAGAUUCAAAACUUACUUUUACAAUAUGGUGCCUACUCAAGAAGUACAUUUAUAUCAGCGACCUCCAAAUCAAGAUCAAAAAGCAUGGGAAGAUGCUCAGAAAAAGAAUCCAGAUCCUACUUGCAUGGUUCCAACAUUAGCCAUUGGUUUUGGUGAUAUUCAGAAAAGAAUGGAAGUUCAAAGUCAACAAUCACAAGCACACAAAUCAAAAUUAUUAGAAAUUGAUGAAAAGAUCAAGAAAAUGAAAGAAUCUACUUUACGAGAUAAUGCUACGAAACUGAUGGAAGCGAAACGACAAUACAUGGAAAUUACACAACGUGUUAUCAAGUUCCUUAAGCAUACCCAGGUUUUACGCCAAAAAGGUUUAUCUAUUACACCCGAAGAAGAAAUGAUGCGUACUCGAUUCCAAUCCAUCCAAGAUCAAUUACAACAAUCUGAACAAUUUCAUGGCACUCUCAGUCAAAUGUGGGCUCAAUUACAACUUAUCAAGGAAUCUGGAAGAAAAUAUGGUAGUAUUGGUGGCGUAGAUGAAUGGGAUUCUGUUAGUUCAAGUCACGUAGAAGAAAUCACAAAGAUUCUCGAUGAACAACAGCGUGGUAUUCAACACACGAUUGAAGUACUUGAAUGUGAUACCAAGGAUGUAAAUACAUUAUUACAACAACAACGUCAACUACAACUUCAAGAUAGGUUACAACAUUUACGAUAA